AUGAUUCGGGAAGCGAAUAAACAUCGUAGAGACGUGGAGUUUGCAGUAGGGGAUAAAGUGUUUGUCAAAUUUCGUCCUUUUCGACAGCGAACACUUUUCCGCAGCAUGAACACUAAGUUAGCACCUCGAUUUUUUGGGCCAUUUGAGGUAGAGGCUCGUAUUGGAGCAGUUGCUUAUCGAUUGAAAUUGUCUGGUACCGCAAGGGUGCAUCCAGUCUUUCAUGUUUCGCUGUUAAAAUCUUCAAUGGGAGUGAAUUCCGUUGAGCCUACAUUACCUGAUGAAUUAUUGGGAGAUGACCCAUUAUUUAUUCCGGAGAAAGUGCUGGCGCGACGAGAGAUUGAGCGCAAUGGGAAAAUGGUUCCACAGGUUCUAAUAAAAUGGGUGGAUCACGGGGAUGAUGAGGUAGUUUGGCUGGACACUGAGGAAACAAGGAUGGACACCCAUUUCGAGAGGAUGGAACACCGUUUGGAGAUGAUGGAGAAGGGCCUUGAUGAGGUAUGUACAAAAUUUUCUACUAUCGAGACUAUGUUCGCUGCCAUCAUGAAGGAGAAGGAGAAGGAGAAAUCAUCCGAUUCUAGGACCUCCCAGACCUCCCACGAGACGGACACAUCCCAGACCAUGAACCAUACCACUACGUUGUCUGGGACACCAAAAAUUGACCUCCCCUCAUUUGAUGGAUCUGACCCAAUUGCUUGGAUAGCCAGGGCUGAGCAAUUUUUUUUGGUUCACCACACUCGAGUAGCGGAAAAAGUUCCAAUUGCGCUCGUCGCCAUGUCUGGGGAUGCAUUGUAUUGGGUUCAAGGUUUAAUGCGCCGUUUUCCUACUAUCGCUUGGCCCCAGUUCAUUGAAGAACUAUUGUUUCGCUUCAGCACUCUGACGACUGUGAAUGCAUAUGAGGCUUUGAAGGUCACGCGGCAAACCGACUCUGUCGAUGAGUAUAUUGCUGAAUUUGAAGCUUGUGUUGCUCAGGUAACUGAUUUAUCUGACCCUCAUUAUUUGGGUCAGUUUUUGGGUGGUUUACGCGAAGAUAUCCGAAUCCGUAUACGUGACGACCCUUCCAUGAAUAUGUAUGCUGCAAUUCGAUUGGCUCGUCAAGUGGAACGUGAAUUGAAUUUCGCGAACUUCCCAUCAGGUCUCGGUUUUUCUCUCUUUUCGCGACUUAGCUCGGACGUGCGUGAAGAAUGA